GAGGGUGGAGUGAUCCAACGCCUUAUCUUCCGCUUAGUUUGACAUUAUAGGAAUAGAAGUGUUUAUAUGUGUAAAGGCUUCCUCCGCCUCCUUCUCCUCCCCGGGUUCCUCUCCCUCGAGCCCCGCCUCGGGCCAGCAGCACACCUGGUCCUCGAAGAAGCAGCAGCAGGUAAGUUGAGGAGGUGUUGAGAGUUUUGUGUCCACUACGGUGUGUGAAGAAGACUCAGGCUGGGUGGAGGAGGAGGUGGUGGUGGAGACUCUCCGGUUCUGAAAAGGAUAAACAGGCAUUAUGGGUGAGGCACCAGCCAGAGAAGAUGGUACAGUGACACGAUCAGCAGAGUAUGUGGGCUCAUUUCCUGUGGAUGACUGCUGUUUGGACGACCAGAUGGAGCAACUGCACACGCAGCUGAAGUCCCUUAAAGCAUGCAAGAGAAGAAGGUCUGUAUCCCUGAAAUUCUCCAAUAAAGGUGUGAAAAUGUACAACGAGGAUGAAACGACCCUCCUGAUGGCUCAUGCUCUGCGGAGAGUCUCUCUGUCCACCGCUCGGCCCGUUGACGCCCAGUUUGCCUUCGUCUCCCACAACCCCGGCAGCACUGACACCCAACUGUACUGCCAUGUGUUCAAAGCGAGGCAUGCCAGAGCUGCUCAGUUCCUGAACCUGCUGCUUUGCCGCUGUUUCCAGCUGUCUUACUUAGAGAAGCACCCAGAGGAGGCCCAGGAAUACUCUGCCGGUUCAGCACCUCGUCGCAACCCCUCCCUGCUCAACCAUGGCUUCCCUCUCAGCGUCAGUGCCCUGGUGUCCUUCAGAAGAGCCCCUUUUCGAGGGUUGUUACCAGGGACAAAGAAAAGUCAGAAGUCUUCUGAUGACCCGCACAGCAGCCAAGAUGAAGUCUUCCCCACCUCCUCCCCCUCCCUGACGCGCAAGAAAGCCAUCCGCAACAAAGUACUGAGCUCUGGGGCCUACCGCUCCUUCACUUUCACACCGCUCAAACAGCGCAGUGUUCAGGAGCGACUCAGUGCGUCACAAGGAAAGGGCAAAGACAAGACACCAGCGAAGAGAUCCCGCGCUCCGAGCUUGGCCGAAACAGAAGAAGCACUGGCUCAAGCGGUGUGGUGUUGGGCCGGUAUCGCAACUGACAGCAGCUAUUCCCUGCUCGCAGACGAUGUUCUGGGAUCAUACCUCCUGUGCCAACAUCCUAAAAAACCAAAAUGUGGCUCUCUCAUCAUUCGCUUCCCGUCUGGCCUGAUCACCCACCUCAUAGAAAACACUCGUAAAGGGAAAUUCCUGUUGGAGAAAUGCAAGACUGAAUUCGCUUCAAUAGCAGAAUUGAUUGAACACUACACAGAGAACCGGGAUGAGCUGCCAUGCCCGCUGAACUGUGCCCGAGUAAACCACUGCUAUGAGUGGGAGGAAAGUACCAGCAAGCUACAGUCUGUAAAGCUACACAAGAGCCCGAACAAAGCCAAAAUUAAAAGUACUCACAGAAGGGAAUGGAUUUAAACCCCGUACUCUGGAGCUUGCGGAUCGCCAACCUCUAAGACUUUAAAAUAUGUGACACCUUUUUUUUUUUUUUUUUUUUUUUUGCACAUAUCUUACAUUUUGAAUCACAUUUGAAGUUGUGGGGAAGCUUCACAAACUUUGUAAAACACAAUGCACCUAUUAGUGUGUUGGCACUUAAUGUAUAUAGUAUACAAGUUGUUUCGUCAGGAUAAGGGUACUUCUAUGUCAAAGAUUUAAUAUUUUGUUCUUGCUGCUUUUAUGUUUCUCAAUAUAAUGUUUUAAUAUAUGUGCCUGUAAGGCAUCAGAUGAGUUAUUAAUGUUUUUAAGAUGUGAAACUUCUGAGUUCACAGUAUUUACUCUAUCAAUAUGGGUUUUGGGGCCCAGAUUGUUGCACCUGAUGGCAAAGCCAUGACUGUUUUUUACCUUCCAUUAUCAAAAUGUUAUGCAAAUAUAUUUGCUAAAAUUUUA